GCGAGAUCCAGUUGACCAAGAUGGCGGACGCCCAUGGCGGCGUUGGCUCAGUCCGGGUCGAUCGAUGAUGGAUCAAGGACCGCGCUGUCGAGAGCAUUCCUAUAUUGUUUGACCGACUUCCAGACGGCACGAACGCGCAUCAGCAAUACGGUCUGGUCUCGACGGCUAUCGCGGGCAGGCAAACGUCGUGUAAUGCUUGUGCGCCCUGUGUACAGCUGUCCCAUGACAGUGGGCGACGCUACCUGGCGCCUAGCUGGAAGAAUGCACCGCGUUUCACCGUCGCCUGCUGCAUGGCUUCGUAUGCUGUCUCGCCUCGCUCUGUGCUUGCCAUAAUGCGCUGCUAGCUCCUCGUAAGCAUGAUGGCAGGCGUCACCCGAGUGGAUGCGUCUGCCGACGAGACGAUCGUCUUGUCGAGAGGCCUGGCCCACGUCCAGCGGUCGCUCACACCUGCCACGUCGAAAGAUCCUGUUCGUUGAUACUAUCCGGAUCAUCGAUGCCAACCGGAUAGAUUGCCUAUUUCGUGCGAUGCCAUUGGCUGAUCCAUUUUCCUAUUGUUGCGCUCGGCCAGCAUGGGCAUGGGGCGGCGGUUCGUCUUUGGCCUGACGUAUGCUGCGUACAUUGUGGUUUAUUUCACGCGCAAGCCGCUGUCCGUGACCAAGUCGACGCUCACAACGACGCACGCGCACUCGGAAGCCGAGCUCGGGCUCAUCGACACGGCCUUUCUCAUCGCGUACGCGGUCGGGCAGUUUGCGUCGGGCCUCGUUGCAUCGCGCGUCGGCGUCCGCGUCGGUCUCGCGAUGGCGUUUGUUGGCACGGGCGUCUGUGCCUACCUCUUUGGUGCGAGCGACUCGAAGGACGUCCGGGCGAUUGCGUGGUGCCUCAACGGCGUCUUUCAAGCGCUCUUCUUCCCGCUCAUUGCCGACGUGCUCCGGGCGUGGUUUCCGCCGUCGACGCGCGGCCAAGUCAUGGGCUUCUGGACGACGUGCCAGCAAGUCGGCGGCUUCGCCACGAGCGCAUUUGGCGCCUACGUAUUGAGCCAACCGGGUCUCUCGUGGCGCGACGUGUUUACGAUGCCGAGCUAUCUCUCGGUCGCGUUUGCACUUGUGACGCUCACGCUGCUCUCGCCCGCGCCCGUCUCGAGUGACAAGAGCUUGCACAAUGUCUUGCACACGCCGUCGACGUCGACGCUGUCCAUACGUGACGUACUCGAGCUGCCCAACCUUGUGCACAUAAGCGCUGCGUACUUUUGUAUCAAGCUCGUGCGCUACACGUACCUCGGCUGGCUCCCGUUCUACUUGACCAACAUGCUGGGGUACUCGGCGCCGCAGGCCGUCCUCAUGUCGACCGUCUUUGACCUCGCGGGCACGCUUGGCAGCGUUCUCUGCGGCAUCGUCUCGGACAAGGUGUAUCUCGGGCACAGCGCCAAAGUCGUGGGGCCCAUGUGUCUUUUCUGCGGCGUCACGACGCUUUUGUAUCCGCAUGUUGCGCCGCUCGGACAAGGCGUCAACCUCUUCACGAUGGCGCUUGUCGGGCUCUUUGUCGCGGGGCCCGACUCGAUGCUCGGCGGUGCAGCGUGCGCUGAAGUCUGCGACCGCGCAAACGCGCCGUCGGCCUCGGCCAUGGCCACGGGUAUCGCCAACGGCAUGGGCUCGCUCGGUGCGAUAGCAUCCGGCAUGCUCCCGAUUCUUCUCAAGGAGCACUUUGGCUGGGACGUUCUCUUCUACGCGAUGGGUCUCCUUGCCAUGCUCGGCGGCCUUCUCUUGCUGCCAAUGAUGCGUGUUCGCCCCAGUGGCAGCCAUAAGACCAAGGACUCGUAGCUGUUCAAUACAAUCCAGCAGGACCAUGUUCACUAGUAGGUAGCUCUGAGGUCGCUGUUGCGUGGCCAAGUAUUUUCGGGGACCUACGACUGCUAUCGAUUGCAUCUACGAUAGGCACUAUGUAGGGUUAGUAUCAAGCUGGUAUCAAGUGGCUGACAUAGGUGGACACUCGAUGGAUAGCACGCUAGCACCGUCAUAGCUUCGAUAGGUUGCGAGGCAAUUCUUUGAAAGGUCGCUCGCAGAUUA